UCCAAAUAUGACCAACGCCAAGGUGUUUUGCCUCUCAGUGGCAACCCUUGGUACCUGCACGACGGCAACGACCGACAGCAACAACCCCGCCCACGCGACAUGCAGCACCGAGAAACUCGCGACAAAGCCGAGAGAGGUUGAGCACAAGACGACGAGCAUCACGGACGCUGCCGCGAGCGGACACCUAGCGUCCCAGGUUCGACUCGGUGCCCAACUCGUGCAGGCGCCGGGAAGACACGACGAAGGCUACCAGUGGACGCUUCUCGCAGCGCAGCGCGGCGCCGCCGAGGCGCAACUUUUACUGGCCACGCUCCUCGCGCUCGGCCACGGCUGCAGUCGUGACAAAUCGAUGGCGCUGCGCUGGCUCAAGCGAGCGCGUCUCCACAGCGGCAACCAGAUCUCGGACGAGGACGUGGCGGGCGCCAAGCAUAUGCUUGCGAUCGGUGAAAAGAUAUGCGCCCUGGAACGGCUGCAAAAGUGGUCGACGGGGACGCUCUCGGUCUCGGGUCGUGUCCAGAGGUUCCAGUCGCAUGACGAUGAUGAUGACGACGCGUCAUCGCAAUCCUUUGGCGACGUUUUCACCGAGAUGGUUGCGCAAAGCAAAAAUGGGUCGUCGGUGGCCCGCGACUUUGUCCAAGGCUACACGACGCUCAAGGCGGGUGUUCACUGGCUCGAGGCUGGCGAUAUCACCCGCGGGAUCGCGACCGUGCGCCAGGCCCAUCGAUUGUGGCAUCCGCUGGAUGUGCCGCGGGAGGUGGCCGUGCGCGUGCAGCAAGCGGCGCGGCGCGUCCUGAUCGCCGACCCCUCGGACGCCAAUGCACUGUAUGUCGAGGGUGUUUACGGCUUUAAGGCCACACCGGCACUCUAUUGGCUCCAUUGCACGACGCUGCACCCAACAGACGCCGCCUUCCAUCACGCGCUCGGCGCUGUCUAUGCGUCUGCGGGCCAGUACGAGAGUGCGCUGCGAUCUUUCACAAAGGCCAUCGCUGUCGCGGCAAGUGCCACCGCCAACGAGACGCUUACGUGGUGCUACGAGCGUGCAGCGUGCCUUCGAAAGCUACUCGGGACAGGCCUCGCGUCGGUGGCCUCCGCUGUCGCGGCCUAUGAGAGUUACGUCCGCGCUGCGCCGCGCGACCACCGCAAGGUGCCUGAGGCAUGGUACGCACUCGGUCUUUUGUACGCGGCCGCGGGACGCACGGAGGAUGUGCGCCAUGCGUUCGGGCAAGGCGUCGCCACCGAGGCGUGCCGGCUGCGCUGUCUGCCGCCACUCAACUUUUCGACCAAACAGCGUGUGGCCAAGUAUCUUUUGCACGCGCCCGACGCUCGGCGUCGGCCAACGUCGUCGUCGGGUGGCGCGGUGCACGGAAACGCAUCGCCGCCCAUUGCGCUGGACGUGCUUCGCCGCAUGCACCGACUCCCUCUCUAGACGCCAAUUCUCGAGUUCAUUUGUGGCUUUCUAUCCAUCCCAAAACGAUAUCGUUCGUCCAUGA